UUCUAGCCACAGUUUACCGGUUGCCUUCUGACCGACAGAUCGAACAAGCCAAUCGAGCGCAGUGCAUUCAUUCAAGUGAACAACAAAUCAGCAAAGGCACUCACAGGAAGUGCACAGUACGAGUACGAGUAGACAGGAUAACGCCGCCAGUGUGUCAAGUGUUUUUGUGAAUUGAGUUGAUCAAUUAAUCAACCAAGCAAUCAUGUUCAAGUUUGUGUGCUUAUUCGCGCUGAUCGCCUCAACGGCGGCAGCCGCCUCCGAGGCAGACAGUCUGCUGACCAGUGCCCUGAAAAUGGUCAAGGACUGCGGUGAUCGAUCGAUGGUAUUGUGUAUGAAGGAACGCGCCCUGCACUAUUUCGACACGGAGAACGGCGACGUGAGGUUGACCGAGGGCAUUGCUCUGGUGAAGACAGACGACAUACCCGUGGGACGAUCACUCAACGAAAUCCAGCUGCCCGAGGAAGUGGAGUCCCGGGAGGCUGAGGUCGACUCUCUGCUGGUGGAGCGUGUGGCCCGCUUCUUUGGCACCCAUACACUGCAGUUCAAGGUGCCCAAGGACUCGAUCCAGGACAUGCAGCGCGCUCUCGAGGAGUCGCGUGGCAAGAAGAAGGAGAAGAAGAAGUACCUGAUGCCCCUGCUGAUGUUGUUCAAGCUGAAGAUGGCCGCCCUUCUGCCCUUGGCCAUUGGCUUCCUGGCACUGAUCUCAUUCAAGGCUCUGGUCAUUGGCAAGAUCGCCCUCUUGCUGUCGGGCAUCAUCGGCCUGAAGAAGCUGCUGGAGUCCAAGAAGGAGAACUACGAGGUGGUGGCGCAUCCGCACUACGAGCACGAGCACAGCUACGGACGGGCCCUGCCCGGCGGCGGCGAUGCACAGAACCUGGCCUACGCGUCGUAUAAGCAAUAAGCAAAUAGCCAAAAACCAAUUCUGGAGCAACAUAAAAAGCAAUAUUCAGUGCAAUAGAAGGCGAAUAUGGGAAAGGAGAGAGACCGCUUGGAGAAAGCUGAAUGGAGAGUAGAGCUUCGAAGGCUCGAUGUUUAAUUUAUUCUAUUUAUUUAAUUUAUUUGUAUAGCAUAGUUCAUGCCAAGCUUACACAUAAGGCGCCAUCAUCUGCAACUGUUACAUGAGAGAGGAAAUUGUCCAAAAUAAGUCCAAAUACCCAUAGGGAAUAAGUUCAAAUUUGGGGGCUAAGGAGGCUGAGGAGGUUGAGGAUAGUUUCACGAGGAGUCGGUUCGGGGCUCUGUUUCUUGAGGGCCUUUGCGCGGCCUUUACCUUAAACUAUAAUCUUAAACAACUCACAUCACAAAUGACUGUACUUUUGUAUUAAUACUCAGAGCUUUACUAUUGACUAUUUUAACGCUUUACGCCUUAUGCUUAACUUAACUCAACUCCUAACUAAAACUAAACUAAUCUAAACAUAACUAUUUAAUCUCUAAACUACUGCCAGGCGCAGGCCACUCAGGAAGAGUCUAGCCAGCCAGUCCUCGCCCUUCGCCUCACUUCCACCUCUUUAUCACCCCCUAAAAAGUACAGACAACAACCACAAGAACCACUCUAAUGAGAAAUCAAAAAUCAAUAAAAGAAAUCCUGCAUUUAUCUCGAAACGCUAUUUUAUAUUUGAAAUGUUGCACAUACGCAACUGGUGUCCAGCAUUUUUCAAGCGCAAUGCUUUCACUCUUUCACCAAGUAUGGCAAUCGAGGCCAGUGAUAUCAAUUGCAUGUGUGCGACAUACAAAACCAUGGCCGCGGCCGGUGCAGAGCAAAAUAAACGGCAAAUUUCACUUGAGCCACCGAGGCGUAGCCAGGCCACAUUCAGAAACAGAAACACAGAUGCAAAGCCAAUGCCAAAGCCAGUGCCAGAGCCAGAGAAGACGUUCAGCCAGUUAGUGCCAUCCCACAUGGCCGGCCGGCCGGCUGGGAGUGUCUUCCUGCUGCUCUGCCCCCGCACCCCCCCGUCUCGGGUAUGGUAUCCAAUGUCGCUCCAGAAAGCACACUCGAAAAAUCUAAUGAAAGUUGCGACCUCCUUUUUGCAUUUGCAACGUGCAACACGUACGCCCAUUUACCGCCGAUGCCCGAUCCCCGAUCCCCGACGCUCUGUGCGAUGGGGUGUGUGCACAAUGUCAAUGAGAUGGACAUGGGCGAUGGACAUGGGCGGAAA